UGUUUCUCUGGCAGCUUCACACCCAGUCCCACUUAAGGCUCACCUCCACGCAUGUGCGCGUUCCUGGGCCGGGCGGGGCCAGACUGUGGGCGGCCCCGCCCCCAUCAUCGCCCCGCCCCCUCGGUGUCCAGUCCUCUGCCGCCCGCUUUCGUCUCCGCCGGGUGAAAACCUGGUCUCUCCAGGGACUCCACUGAGUGUUCCCUGCUGGCUUAAGGCCGGGAGGCCCCGUCCUGCAGGCAGAGCCGAUCCUGGGACCGACGGAGGGUCAGCCACCACAGGUCAGGAGUGGGUUGGGGACACAGCGUCGGGUCUUCCUGGAAGGAGGGAGCCGUGGCUGCCUCUCUGUACCUCCCCCAUUCUGGACCCAAAAUCCUGCGCGGUUGCGGUGCCAGCAUCUGGGUUGGGAUGCCUGUGGGAAGUCCAGGGUAGUGUGGGCGUUUAGGAUGUUGCUGUGUGCGCAUGUGUGCAUAUUUGUGGGCCUCCAGAUGGGUGUGUGUGGAGGAGGGGUUGGUAGAGGCUCCAGUCUCGCAGCAGCUCGAGGUGGAUUGGGCACAAGGCCUGGCUGUCUCUGCAAGCUAGCGUUAGUCACAGGCUCACCCGCCAACCCCGAUCCAGGCAGGGUUCCUUAUGUGGUAAGUGACACAACUGUACAUACACAUCCUUCAUGUUGCAAAGGUGGCCAGAGGCUCCAUGCCAGACCCACUUGUCUAGUGUGCAGUUUUGCUGUCCACAUCCACCCCUGGCCUUAUGGAGGGAAGUGAGUUUGGAGUGCCGGGGUUGGGCCAGAUGUGGAUGUUGGGCAGUUAUGGGACUUUCCCUCAGGUCUCAUCUCCAUCCCUUUUCCAGGCAAACUCCCCUUCUCUGCCUAGUCCAGGGUCUCUUCCCCAGGCCUCAGGAGGGAGGUCCCAGCAGGAUCAGCCCUGUAAGGGCAGGAGGGUCCUGGGACUGCGUGUUCUUCAGAUUUCCAGCCUGCAGGCCCUUUCCAAAUUCCCAGAUAAGAAAGGGCCCAGGUACCUCUGGGCCCACAUGCCCUCUGCUUUUGCUGAAACCAAGGAAGCCUCCCAUCCUGCCCCUGACCAGGAGGUAAGGGCUGGACACUGACCCUGGAGGCAGGAGUGGGAGUUAGUCACCCCCGGAAAUGUGCUCUUCUGAGAACUCUGGGGAGCUCCCAUCAGCCAGUGAGCCUCCGCCUGGCUCUGGCUUAUGGGGGACGGGAGUCCCCCUGGUCUUCCUGUGCUGUCUCUGGACUCAGAUGUGGGGUUUGCCAAGGUCUUUGAGACAGCUGCACUCUGGUCUCCUCCAGCUUUGGCCAGCUGGGACCAGCAGUAUCAGCUCCACCCCAUUUGACACCAGAGGAAACUGGUCCAGAUUGCCCCUGCUAGACUCAGAGAAGAGGUCUCCCAGCUCCUUUUUCUGUGCGCAGCUCACGACACUCCAAAAACCUUUUCUAAGAAGUGCAGCCACUGGGAGCACUGCUAGCUGGUAGAACCAUGCUGCAGAACUCCAGCCACAGGGAAGCCGUGGUCCAUGUGGAUAAGACCUGGAGGGAGCAGGACAGGGAAGGGGUAUGGGCAGUGGCAGGAGGAGCCCUGGCCCCCAGUACCUCCUCCCCAUUCUCCCCUGAGCCUCCAGGGGCCUCGGGCAGCAUCAUCCCUGUCUACUGUGCCCUCCUGGCCACUGUGGUCCUUGGUCUGAUCGCCUACGUGGUCUUCAAGUGCUGGCGCUCACAUAAACAAAGGCAGCAGCUGGCCAAAGCUCGGACCGCAGAGCUGGGGGCCCUCAGCAGGGACCAGCUGCAUGGGGACAGCAGUGUCUUCCGGGACUCUCCAGCCAGCCUGGAGCCCUCUGCCCCCAGCCAAGGGCCAUCUCCUGAACCUGGCUGCCGGCUUUACCUCCACCUUCCUCGGCAGCAGCAGGAGGAAGUGGAACGGCUCCUGGAGGUGUCGGGUGAACUGGACGACGGCUGGCAGGGUCUGGCGGGCCGUCUGGGCUACCAGGCUGAGGCAGUGGAGACCAUGGCCCGGAGCCCGGGGCCCGCCUCUGCCCUGCUGAGGGGCUGGGCUGCCCAGGAAGGCAGUGGCGCCACCCUCAGAGCGCUAGCAGACGCCCUCGCUGCCAUGGGUCGUGACGACGUGGUCCGGGCCCUGGGCCCCCCGGCCGAGGGCUGCUCCGUGGUGUGAGUCGUGGCUCCGCAGCCCGGCCUCUCAGGGAACCUGCUCUGGUGCUCCCCACUACCCCCACCUCAUACACCUUGCCCUUCUCGAGCUUCCUGGCAUUGGUGACCUCGGCUUGUUCUGUUUCGGGGGGACACACAAGUCCCCUCCCCUCCCCCUGCCUUCCUCCAGGACAGGGGUCAGGACGUGGCGGGUGGGGGGAGACAGCCAGACAGGGAGCAGCAGUCCUGCCCCCCACUCUACCUCCCCAUGCUUAGUCUCAACUGUUUUUUCUACUUUUGUACCCCACAUUAAAGGCAACUCUGGACUGUU